AUGGCGCCAUCUAAUGCGUUGACUACUGACAUUUGUCAAUGUACGAAGGCUGAGGGGAAUUAUGACGUCGAAGGCGAGCUUGGCACAACGGUGAUUUGCCCAAGCUGCCAUCUGGAGGAAGCAACGGCUGGGGAACGUGAUGAGCAAGCGGCCUUUCUUGACGAUAAAAAGGUCUAUUCUGCCUUUAAAGACUCCCCCUCACUGAUGAGGAUUGCAGCACGACCAGAGGAACAGUCUAUCAAAUUGGUUAUAAGAAAGCGCCAGAAAGGCCAACAAGCAUUUGCCAAAAAUGCUAGAAAACUGGUCAAAGAAUAUGGCACUACACCUAUUGUAGCGUCACUUAAAGGCAUGCUAGAUGAAGGGGUGUUUACAUCUACUGAUGUCGCAAAACGUCGAUUUCCCGACCUCUUUCCAGAGGAGCAGGUACCAAAGUAUGAAGAAGGGCAAGAGUCAGCAACUGGGCAUCCGUCUACAAAAGAUAUGGAGCUUCCUGAUGGUGAAUGUAACAAAUCGAAUGAGGAAGCUGGCGACUCUGCAGCAGGCGUAUUGCCAAACAGCCGACCUGGCCAGACUCUCCGGGAUUGUUGCCUUCUCCCCAGGCCACGACAGAGACUCAUGUUGCAGCUACAGUUAAUACUAGAGCACGCAUGUUUCUCGUUUGGACAACGAGAAAUGCAACAAACACUGGACAAAUGGGACCAUAGCUGCGCCGAGGCGAUUUCGCUACAGACCUGGAUAGACUUCUUCCAGAACAAUAAAACAUUCAAGACCGAGGGUAACGCUGAGUCACUCCCGAAACUGCUCGGCUCAGUAGGCAGGAUUCAAAAUGUCAUCAUUUAUCGACUCAACCUUAACUUCGAAGAGGUUAACCAGUUUUUACUGGAUGCUGAAGAGUUCAUACGGCUUCUCGAUACUCCAUUGUAUCUAGACGCUGUCAAGCCGCUUAGACAGCGUAUUGAAGAAGUACUUCUUAUGGCGAAUCGAGAUGCUGCCUCGAUCCAUAACGAAGCUGAUGGGAAGGUUGCAGAAAUUGAGGCUCAGAGAGAAAGGUUAAACCGGGAGGAGGAGGGCGUUAAACGCCAUCGGGACGAGAACCUGGAUAACAUCCGAGAUUCCAUCGAGCAUGACAUAUUUGCAGCCAUGGGACAAGCUAAAGAUACUUUACCAGACAUCGGACUAGCAGAGAACCGUUGGAAAAAUUAG